AUGAUUGGUGAUGAUGAUUCGGAUAAUGAUGAUGAUGAUGAUGAUGAUGAUGAUGAUGAUGAUGAUGAUGAUGAUGAUGAUGAUGGUGAUUCGGAUGAUGAUGAUGAUGAUGAUGAUGAUGAUGAUGAUGAUGAUGAUGAUGAUGAUUCGGAUGAUGAUGAUGAUGUUGAAGAUUCGAGUGAUGAUGAUGAUGAUUAUGCUGAUUCUUAUGAUGAUGAUUUUGAUGAUGAUGAUGAUGAUGAUGAUGAUGAUGACGAU